UUGCUUCAACCAACAAGUCAGACACAGAGACCAUAGCAUAACACUUUUGGUGGUUCAACCAAGAAGAUAGAAAAAAAGUGAUAAUGGGAAAUUCCUUGGUUUCAUUGUUCCUUUUCACAUUCUUGUUGGUGGGUAGUGUCCAAUGUAACCCUAAUUAUGCAGAUGCAUUGGCCAAAUCCUUGUUGUUCUUCCAAGGACAGAGGUCAGGAAGGGUUCCUGCUGAUCAAUUACUCAGAUGGAGAUCAAAUUCUGGUCUUUUUGAUGGUCGCCUUGCCAAUGUGGAUUUAAGUGGAGGUUAUUAUGAUGCAGGAGACAAUGUGAAGUUCAACUUUCCAAUGGCGUACACCACGACCAUGCUGUCAUGGGGAACAAUUGAAUAUGGGAAGAGAAUGGGAGGACAAAUAAAAGAGGCAAGAGCAGCAAUUCGUUGGGCCACAGACUACCUUCUCAAGUGUGCCACAUCCUCACCUGGGAAGCUCUAUGUUGGGGUUGGAGACCCAAAUGUGGACCACAAAUGUUGGGAAAGGCCAGAGGACAUGGACACUGUCAGAACUGUGUAUUGGGUCUCUCCCAAUAAACCUGGCUCAGAUGUGGCUGCAGAAACUGCUGCAGCACUUGCUGCUGCAUCCAUUGUCUUCAGAAGGGUUGACCCAACAUACUCUAAGCAGUUAUUAAGGACUGCUCAGCAGGUCUACCACUUUGCUUUGCAGUACCAAGGUUCAUACAGUGAUUCACUUGGAUCAGCUGUUUGCCCAUUUUACUGCUCAUAUUCUGGUUUCAAGGAUGAACUAUUGUGGGGGGCUGCAUGGCUUUUCAGAGCGACAAAUGCUGUUUACUACUACAAUUUGGUGAAGUCCUUGGGAGCUGAUGAUCAACCAGAUAUCUUCAGUUGGGACAACAAAUAUGCCGGUGCUCAUGUUCUUCUCUCCAGGAGAGCAUUGCUGAAUGGCGAUAAGAAUUUUGAUCAAUACAAACAAGAAGCUGAGAAUUUUAUGUGCAAGAUCCUGCCAAACUCUCCCUCCUCUAGUACACAAUAUACACAAGGGGGACUCAUGUACAAGCUUCCUGAAAGCAACCUCCAGUAUGUGACUUCAAUAACAUUUUUGCUUACAAUCUAUUCAAAGUACAUGGCAGCUACAAAACACACAUUUAACUGUGGCGGUGUGUUGGUCACUCCAAAUACCUUAAGAAGCAUUGCAAAAAGACAGGUAGAUUACAUAUUAGGUGAAAACCCAUUAAGAAUGUCCUACAUGGUAGGCUAUGGUCCAUACUUUCCCAAGAGAAUUCACCACAGAGGAUCUUCCUUGCCUUCAAUAGCAGCUCAUCCACAAACCAUAGGCUGUGAUGGAGGGUUUGACCCAUUUUUCCACUCAAUGAAUCCUAAUCCUAACAUAUUGGUUGGAGCUAUAGUUGGAGGUCCAAACCAAAAUGAUGGAUUCCCAGAUGACCGCAGUGAUUACAGCCAUUCUGAGCCUGCAACUUACAUCAAUGGUGCUUUUGUCGGACCUUUGGCAUACUUUGCUGGUAGCCGUUAAUGUUUGAUUGACCUAAAUUGAAAGGUCAAGUAGGACUUGGUUAUCAAGUGUAGAUGUUAUCCUAUCUGCACCCAACAAAGGGAGCUCUACCAACCAAAAGGUUGGAAUGGAGUUUGAAGUUAGUGGUGUUCAUUUAUAGCCCUUUGACACAAAAAAAAUGUAACUUUAUCCAAUAUAUUUACAAUGCUUUAUGCUA